CCCCCCCCCUCAAGGUGCUCCCCAGCCUGUGUGUGUCUCUGCUGCCAUGGAGGUGGGCAGCCUCCCCGUGGAGCUGUGGAGGGUUAUCUUGGCAUAUCUUCCGCUCCCUGACCUGGGCCGCUGCUGCCAGGUGUGCCGUGCCUGGAGGGAGCUCAUCCUAUCCCUAGACAACACCCGCUGGAGACAACUCUGCUUAGGCUGCUCUGAGUGCCGACAUCCUAACUGGCCCAGUCAGCCCCACCAGGAGCCCGCGUCCUGGAGAGAUGCCCUGAAGCAGCACGCCCUUUCAACCCGCACCUGGACGCAAAAUGGGCCAGAGCUCCAGUCCUCUGCCUGUCUCCACUUUUUCCGCCGCCGAAAAGACCGCAGGGUUUGGCAUGUGGGGCCUGGAUGCGAGUUUGAGACCCUUCGAGGGGCCCUUGGGGUGGUGGGGCCAUAUGACCGGGUAGUUGUCCAUCCUGGGGUGUAUGAGGAGCAGGCUGAAUUGGUGCUGAAAGUUCCUGUAGAGCUGGUUGGGCUGGGUCAAUUGGGUGAGGUGGCUCUUCUGGUGUGUAUGGAUCAGCAGUGCCCUACUGCCAGGCUGUGUAAUCUGGUGUUCAUGCCGCCCUGGUUCUCCACUGUGGUCUACAAGACCUCAUGGGGUCACGUCCAACUAGAUAACUGCAACUUUGAGGGGGCUCAGUUGCAAAUCCGUGGCCCGGGAUCCUGCCAGGCUCGCUUCUGCUCCUUCUCACAAGGCAGCUCUGCUCACUUGCUGGGCGUUGUCCUCAGUUUGAUGGACAGCUGUGACUUCUCGGGAAGUGACACAGCCUCUGUGACUGUUGAAGGUCCUCCAGUGUCCGAAAGGAACUGGGCUUGUAAACACUUGGCUGCCCUGGCCAGGACGUUCCCAUCAUGUGGCAUAUCUGGGGGUAAUAGCCCUCCCAGAGGUCCUCUGCCUGGCUCCACUGGUGGGCAUCAACCUCCAUGUUCUAAUGUUAAGAGGGAGCUUGUGAGCAUAGAAGAUUGGCAGAGGAGGAAUGGAGUAGACCCAGUGUGUCAGGGCACAGUGAUUGACAGCUGGAGUGAUGGAGAUUGCAGCGAGGGAGAAGAGGAGAAUCAAGAUGGAGGAGGAAUGAACACCAAAAAAACACCCAAAUUGGAUUACAAAAUCCCUUGUGACCAUCAUGGCCUAUCCCAUUUGCUCAAGCCCCAGCUAGAUGGCUCUUUGCCUCUGGUCUCCUCCCCGGAUCCACCAUCUUUGGCCCCUGAACCCCUCACCUUUCAGCAGGAACUAGACAGGGACCCAGAUGCUCAGAUGUUGGCUGCCUCCUCCCUUGGCUGUUUCCUAAGACGCUGCCUCUUCAGGGAAGGGAAGGGUGGCGUGCACGUGUCUAAUUACGGACAAGCUCGUCUGGAGGGCAAUGUUUUCCGUGGGCUGAACUAUGCAGUCCGCUGCAUCCAGAACUCAACAAUCGUGAUGCUGAGAAAUGAAGUGUGUGAGUGCCGUGCAUCAGGCAUUUUCCUUCGCCUCUCUGCUCAGGGCCUCAUUGCCGAAAACAAUAUCCAUUCCAAUGGGGAGGCGGGGCUGGACAUCCGAAAAGGAGCUAACCCCAUCAUUCUGUGCAACAGAAUACAUAGUGGUUUGCGUUCAGGGGUUGUUGUCCUUGGCAAUGGAAAAGGUUCAAUUCGAAGCAACCAGAUCUAUAACAACAAGGAAGCAGGCGUGUAUAUUCUCUUCAGUGGUAAUCCUGUGGUCAGUGGGAAUCACAUCUUCCGGGGCCAGGCAGCAGGGAUUGCUAUAAAUGAGAAUGGCAGAGGGAUGAUAACAGAGAAUGUCAUCAAAGAAAACCAGUGGGGAGGUGUUGACAUCCGCAGAGGAGGUGACCCCAUCCUGAAGAACAACUACAUCUGUUAUGGCUACUCAGAUGGCGUGGUGGUGGGAGAGAGAGGCCGCGGUCUUAUUGAGGGAAACCAUGUCUACUGUAACAAAGGCUGUGGUGUGUGGGUUAUGUCGUCCAGCCUCCCGCAGCUUCUGGGAAACUUCAUCACCCAUAACUGUAUGUACGGGCUGGCAGUUUUCUGCAGGAAAGACCCAGAGAACAUGGAGGGCAACUGGCCAGGGCAGGAAGGGAUUGUUGGAGAAGCAGGUAGUGGGGAGAGGAGGGGAGUAGAAGGGGAAAGGAGAGAAGGGCAAGAGAACCUAAAUGAAGAGGGGGAGCUGUUUGCAUGGGAGAAUGAUCUGGACAGUGAGGACGAGCGCCAUUCUGCCCGCCGUUCUAUCAGUGUUGCCCUGGUCGAGAGCAACUGCAUGAGCUACAAUGGAGCAGUUGGUCUGUACGUGAAGAGCAGUGAGCCCCUGAAUGUUUUUGCUAAUCUGGUAAACAGUAACCGUGGCACUGGCAUAGCCGUGCUGCAGAGCAGUCAGCUGACCCGACUGGUUACAAACUGCAUCCUUGAAAAUGGUCGAGGAGGUGUUACGGUGGAGAAGGACUGCAGAGUGGAGCUUCGUGGUAACGGCAUCUAUAAAAACGGUGGCCAUGGUGUCAGUUUCUGUGGUAACGGGCAGAUUUUGGAGAAUGAUGUCGUUGGAAACCGGGGAUAUGGGAUCCAGGUUUUAGGCAGUGCUGACAUCAAGGUGAUGCGCAACCGUGUCCAGCCAGCACAGGGCUGUGGGGUUGCUGUCCUAGGGCCAGUAAAAGGUGUUGUCCAUGACAAUGUCUUGUUCCAGGGCCACCCUAGCAACAAAAAGGAACUUCUUCUUAUGGACGCUGGCAAUGAAAACUGUGUGUUGCGCAACAACAGUGUUCUAAGGCAUAGUCACAGCUGUACAUCUGCUCCUUCCUGGGUUUUGGAAAACCCUCCACCUCGCCCACUGGCAAGCUCCCCUUCUGGCCUCUCAUCCCAAUAUCCCUCCAGACUUGGAAUUUCUAUGACGACCAGGAUCAGCGCCACUGUGGAAAGUGGUUGCCACAAUGGCAGCAUGUUCUGCUCCAUCCUGUGAAAGCUGGCAAGCACUUAAAAACCAAUAUGGUCUUGUGUUUGUUGUAAAUUUGAGGCACACUGGCCUCCUCAGAGAAGACCUUUUCAAAAUUAUGCCCUCUUGUUGAGGUGUAGUAAAGGAGCUGUUCUGCAUUAAACCACUGAAGGGGCAAUCCCCCUACCAGUACAUUGAGGUGGCUCAACAUUUUAUAAAUCUGAAAGAAGAUUUUUAUAAUUUUACAAUCAAACACCAGUGCACUCAUCACAUGUAGACUCUUGAAAUUAAGCUGGAGUACAACAACUUCAAGCAUUGUCAUCUUCCAACAGCUGUUUCCAUACAAAGCUUAACUUAAGUUCUUUAACAUUGAUGUUCAUGUGCAGAUCUGCUGUAGACUUUGUUGGUUUUGUCUGUUUGCUUCUGAGACUCACUGUUUGGGAAGUGCACAUUUUUAUAAAUCCUAGCAGUAGUCAAAAGGUUUCAGAGAUGCCAGCUUCAACCAUGCUGCAACCAUGCUGCAAAGUAAACUUGUGCCUUGUUUGACUUUUUAUUCAAUCAAUGAUUGUAGCUAGAGAAAGAUGUCAUAGUGUGAGUGUUUAUGCAAAGAUGAAAAAAACAAAGCCAAACUCAAGCUUCUGACUCUUGCACAUGGCUGUUUCCUGGUGAGUCUGUGUUUUUGUAUCACAGCAUUCAUGUUUUUCAAGUGUGAUCAGCUUUCUUUGACUUGAUAAAAUUCACUGAGGUGGGACAAGUUUUCACUCUAGAUACCGUCAACACGCUGCACAGUGACACAACCACACAGACUGUCCUGGUAAAAGCCAGUUUUAGAAGGAAAAAUGAUAAUCAGUGUGCAAUAUGUGCCGUCUUAAAAUGUGCCUAUAUGUUUUUACUGUCUACGCUUGAUGUUUUCUGUCAUCUAGAAUUUGUUUACAUCUCAUUCCUCUGCUUUUUUGUAUCUUGCACAGUAAGCAAUAAGUAAUGAUAUCAUGUACAACUCAAGAGGUCACCACUUUAUUUGUCUACAAAAUAAACAGUUCUUGUUUGUGACAUUUCCAAUUA